AUGACGCAUGCGGGAUGUGGUAAUCAUUGUGGUGGGUAUGGCUACAAUAGUUCUGGCAAAUAUUCAUCUGGAUGGUCAGGGAAUUGCGGCGACGGUGGACGUCCGAAUGCUGCCUGGUACCUGAUGUGCGGUGCAUGUCGAGCCAAACAUCUCAAACAAACA